AUACCAGAGGAGCGAUCUCCCCUGAGCACUCGUAUAGUACUCAAGGUCAAGAGAAAAGGCGAUGGUUCCUUUGACAAAUUCAAGGCUAGGUGCGUGGUGCGCGGCUUCCUCGCCAAGAUAGGACUUGAUUUUUACGCCACGUACAGUCCCU